AUGGUCGAUAGAACGUUAAGAAAGGGAGCUAUAAAUCCAGAUAUCGACUCCCUCGCUCCCAAAAAUAUCUCUUUUUUUUUUUUUUUUUUGUUCUUUCUUUGCACAUACUCGUUUUUUUCGCCAACUUCGGUUUCCAGUUGUAUAAACUACCCUUUUUCCAGGGGGCAUUUGCUCCAAGUGCUCAACUAUACAGCCCAGCAAACGUUCCCAAGUGCUUCUCGAAACACAAACAGGUUUACUCAUUUAGGUACCAUGGCAGAAAUGAGAUACAUCAGCCCUGAUGGCCCUCCCCUUGGAGGAAUGCCUCCACAAGAUUUCGCCUUUCUCCAAGCCUUUCAUAUGCCACACUUCAUGGCAUACCCCUUUAUUAUACAGAACCCUCCCCCAGGUCCGCCGCCCGCCUCAACCCCAGCCCCAGCUCCGGCCUCGGGGGCACCUGCAGCUACCCCUGCACCACAGUAUGGGCUAACAGAUCAGGUAAUAUUACACCAAACAUUUACGACCAACGUUCCACCUCCAGCUCCAGCGCCGAUGGCGCCAGCUUCAUCUCCACCUAGGGCUCCCAACCCAAACCCGGCCGCUGCGCAGGCCCCAUCUCCGGCAAGCCCACCUGCUGCGGCUCCAGCUCAAGGCCGUCGCUUGCCCAGUGGUGCAUACCCUCCAGAUAGCGAGCGGGCUAUGGUCCUUCCAACUGGGCAGGGCUAUAUUUUCCCGAAGAAGCAUACCACAUUACAUAUUAUCGAGGCAUUCACUGCCCCCUGGGACAAUCCCGGUGGCACUUUCCAAUGGCGCUCGUAUCGUGUUCCUUCUUCGAUGUCAAUCUCGGAACUCAUAGAUCAGCUGUGUCCGACAAAGACACCGGACGGCCGCGAUGCCACAAGUCGUGGGGUCGUAGAGUGUCUUGAGAUUGGUGAUGGGACAUGGCUCAAAGGUUCAGAAUUUUGGAUCGGAGGCCGUCGUGGCGGUGAUGAUAAUAUGAAGCGUCGUGUCUCUCAGAGCCUUACAGCCGUCGGUUGGACUGAGCAGCGAGGAACUAUCGCUCAACCAGUCUGGAUAACCCUAAGUAUUGCGGUUUGA